AUGAGAAGUGUCAUCAAUGAUAGAAAGAAGCCCGAGUUCCUGCCUUGCACGUUCACACAGGAAAAAAAGAUUUCUUGUCCUGUUGGAUGACCUUGAUGAAGUCGAACACGGACUCAAAUACGACUCCCGAUCAAACUCCUGCAGGAUUCCCGAUCGAAAUCCGGUGCCGAGAUGAGUUUUGAUCGCCCGAGCGCGCCUAUAAAUUCAGCACCCCCAAGCCCAAGACCCAAGACCCUUACCUCGGCAAACACAGAAACCGGCCAAAGCCCCAAACGGAAGAAAUCGAUCCCAUGGCGGAGAGCGACACGAAGAAGAUGAUCCUCCUGAGGAGCUCCGACGGCAAGGAGUUCGAGGUGGAGGAGGCGGUGGCCAAGGAGUCGCGGACCAUCCUCCACAUGAUCGAGGACGACUGCGCCGACAACGGCAUCCCGCUCCCCAACGUCGACGCCAAGAUCCUCACCAAGGUCAUCGAGUACUGCAAGAAGCACGCCGCCGCGGCCGAUCCCAGCGCCGCGGACUCGAACAGCACGGCCGCCGCGGACCUCAAGGAAUUCGACGCCGACUUCGUCAAGGUCGACCAGGCCGUCCUCUUCGACCUCAUCCUGGCUGCCAACUACCUCGACAUCAAGGGGCUGCUGGACCUCACCUGCCAGACCGUUGCCGACAUGAUCAAGGGCAAGACCGUCGAGGAGAUCCGCACCAAGUUCAACAUCAAGAACGACUUCACCCCUGAGGAGGAAGCGGAGAUCCGCAAGGAGAACCAAUGGGCUUUUGAGUAGACCGAGACCGUGAUGAGUGCUUAGAUGUAGCUUAGAAUUGGCAGUUUUGUUUUGUUUUAGUGGUUAGAAAGUUAGCGCUGUUUAUUUUUCUUGGGAGAACUCAUGUUUUCAGUACUUUACAUCAGAAUAGCUGUAGUUGAUGUCAAGUGUGGAUGUUUUGCUAAAUGUUUCAGAUUAGGUCUCUUUAUCUGGCAGCUCUUUUUUUAGAACAUUAUUAUCUGGCAGCUCUUUGUAACAAGCAAAUUUCACCCUGCAUCUUGAUAUCUGUUGGCAGAAAACAAAAAUGCAUCUAGAUUUGACUGUAACUUGGGAGAUAGACAAGUCAAGUAGUGGGCACAUGUACAUCUAAUCACCAUGCAGAUUUUGCAAGAGAACUAUGAAAACUUGCAUGUUCUCACAAAUCAAUAUAAUCUCGUUUUUUCU